UUUACAUUGAAAUCCCACAGACCUAAAGAUGAGUGACCACAUAUAUGACAAGCUACGGCGCUUAAAUGUUUUUUGUGACGCUGUACUCUACGUUGGGAGUGAAAAGUUUCCAGUUCACAAAAUCCUCCUCUGCAGCUCCAGCAGGUACUUCAGAGACAUGUUUGAAAUCCAGAGUGCUCCUGAUGACAGAGACUUCCCAGUUGCUGAAAUCUCUCCUAAAAUCAUGUCCCUGGUGCUUGAAUGGAUUUACACUGAAUCCAUCACCUUGAGCAGAGAGACCAUCCUGGAUCUACUGCUGGCUGCCCACAUGCUGCAGUUGGAAGAACUGAUUGAAAUCGGCUUCCAAUUCCUGGAGAACAACUUGUGCCCUGAAAACUGCAUUGGCCUCUGGAAGAUCUCUAAUGUUGCAUUGACCAAAAUAAGGGACUUGGCUCGGCGGUUCAUCCUGAGUCACUUCGAGGAGGUGGUGCACUGUGAUGAGUUCCAGCAGCUGACAGCGCAGGAACUGAUCAGUCUCAUUGAGGAAGAUGAACUCAUUGUGAAAAAUGAGACAGCUGUGUACCAAGCCAUUUUGCACUGGACCAACCACGACCUCCAGCAACGCAGAGCAGAGUUUUCGCGUCUCUUGACAAAGGUUCGAUUGCCUGAGCUCUCACCUCACUUUGUGGAGCAUAAUGUUCUCAACAAUGCUCUGGUGACGGAUGACAUCGAAUGCAUUUCUGCAAUAUCCAAAUCAAUGGUAGCUGCCUAUGAAGUCUCUGUUUAUAGGGGUUCCCGACACCAUCUAGUCCGUCCUCGAAUUCCUGGUGAGAUCCUAUUGGCUAUUGGAGGCUGGAGCUGUGGUGAUCCAAUCAAUCAAAUUGAGGCAUAUGACUAUAAGGCCGAUCGCUGGUUUGAGGUCACAAACCACGAGGAGAGGCCCAGGGCUUACCAUGGCUCUGUGUUCUUCAAAGGGUCGGUAUAUUGCGUGGGAGGGUUUGACAAAAGGGAACAUUUCAACUCUGUGCGACGCUUGGACCUGGGCACACGCACUUGGCACGAAAUGCCCUGCAUGUACUACAAGCGCUGCUACGUGAGUGUGACUGUGUUGAAUGACUGUAUCUAUGCUAUGGGUGGAUACAAUGGGAAAACACGACUCAACACUGCUGAAGUCUAUGACCCCAAGAGCAGGCAGUGGUCUCUGAUCGCACCUAUGAUCGAGCAGAGGAGCGACGCCAAAUGUACCACAUUCAACGGCAAAAUCUAUAUUUGUGGUGGCUUCAAUGGCACUGCUGUCCUACAGACAGUUGAAUGCUACUGUGCAGAAACCAACCAGUGGUCACUUAUUGCUCCCAUGACCACCCGCCGUACUGGUGUCGGUGUCAUUGCCCACGCUAACCUCAUCUACGCAGUUGGCGGCUAUGAUGGAAAUAUGUGCCUCAGUAGUGUUGAGGCCUACAACCCCAGCACAGACUCCUGGCAGCAGGUGGCCUCCAUUGCACUCGCUCGCAGGAACUUUGGUAUUGCGGUGCUGAAUGAUCGGAUCUUCAUUGUGGGGGGAUAUAACGGAACCACUACCAGCUACAGCGUGGAGUCCUAUGAUCACCUGGCGGACACCUGGAGCGAGGCCUGUGAUGUGAAAACCCGCAGGAGCGCUCUGAGCUGCUGCGUCAUCUCUGGUCUCCCCAACAUGGCCGACUACACCGUCUGCCGCACAUGGCUGUCCCAGGACGAUCUACCACUGCUCGACACUGAGUCAGACGAAGAGGCCAUGUAA